GGGGGGUUUAAGUUUAUAUAUUUGUAUGCAGCUUGUCACACAAUGCAGACGUCAUCUCCACAGGACUCAGAUCAUCUUUGGUUAUGUUUUUUUCUUCCUGGCUCCUAUCGCGCCCAACCGCCUGUGUUGUGAUUGUGGUUCUGUGUGUUUAUACAAAGAACUGCCGAACGGAAUACAGAGUGAAGAAAAUAUGUUUUGAAAACGUUAUCCGGCAGAUCGUCAGGUAGUUGGAAUAUAAGUUUACAUUCAUAUAGCCUGCUGCGUUAAUUUAUAACUACAUCCCACUACGGUUGCGUAUUUCAUUGCAUCCCCUAAUGUGCGACUGUUGAUCAGUCAUCGCAGUCAUCUCUGUCGCGGAUUGCCUCUUGCAAACUUGGAGUUCGUUUCGCCCGGGCUGCUGUUUCUUCACUCGGGUGGUGAUCUUCGUAGGAGGCGCCUGAUUGCUGGCGGCACACAUGCACAUGCACAGGCGUCCCUACAGCGACUUCUGAUCAGAGCAACCUCGUCUGACACAAGGAGGAGAAAACGGAGGGUGAAAGGAGGAAAGAGUGCACGAAUGUGCUGUGAGGACGCUGCCGCCGGUAUUGGACAUUUAAGGAGGCGAUUCCACUUAACAUGUUUCAGACAAUGAACAAAAGCACCAAUGUGCAGGUAUGAAUAAUCCUCUGAAAGCUCGGUCCGCGUGAGUUUGGUAUAGCUCUUCAUCAAGACUAUGGUUAUUGAUGCAUGUAUGGAAUUACGCAUGAACUGAUCUCAUUUUUUCUCCAUCAUGUCCAACAAUUUUGCGGGUGAUGACACAGACAGCUGUUUUAAUAUCGCAAUUACCAUGUAGUGUUUGGACAAAAAAAGGGAAACCAGCUCUUAAAAAAAAUAAAAUUGACAUUUGACAUCACGGAACGGACCACUUAGCCGCCACCAUGGGACUGUGACCCGGGCUGCGAGCUCUGAGAGGCGGCUGUUUGUGUAGUCUGUGCUCCGUGUGCAGACUGGACCUGAGCAGUUGUGACAUUUUGAGCCAUGGCUGCUGCUAUCGCAAGUGGGCUGAUCAGACAGAAGAGGCAGGCACGGGAGCAGCAUUUAGACCGGCCCUCGACCAACCGACGGAGAAAGAGCCCCAACAAGAACAAGGGGCUCUGCAAUGGGAACCUGGUCGACAUCUUCUCUAAAGUGCGCAUCUUCGGCCUCAGGAAGCGGAGACUACGGAGACAAGAUCCCCAGCUCAAGGGUAUAGUGACCAGGUUAUAUUGCAGGCAGGGAUACUACUUGCAAAUGAAUCCCGAUGGCUCUCUUGAUGGGACCAAGGAUGACAGCAGUAAUUCCUCUUUGUUCAACCUUAUUCCCGUGGGCCUCAGAGUUGUCGCCAUUCAGUCUGUGAAGACAGGAUUAUACAUCGCCAUGAAUGGGGAGGGCCAUCUGUACACAUCAGAACUCUUUACAGCAGAGUGCAAGUUCAAAGAGUCGGUGUUUGAGAACUACUAUGUGAUCUACUCGUCCAUGUUGUACAGACAACAGGAGUCGGGGAGAGCUUGGUUCCUCGGGCUCAAUAAAGAGGGCCAAGCCAUGAAGGGGAACCGAGUGAAAAAAACAAAACCAGCUGCUCACUUCCUGCCCAAGCCAUUAGAAGUUGCCAUGUACAGAGAGCCAUCGUUGCAUGAUGUUGGAGAGACAGUACCCAAGGCGGCAGUACCUCCCAGUAAAAGCACAAGUGAGCCAGCAGUGAUGAACGGAGGUAAACCCGUCAGCAAGCCCGACAAGCCCACCACAUAGCCACACCUGACCAGUGCCCAGUGUGUGUGUGUGUGUGUGUGUGGAGGGGGGGGAACGUGAUGGAGGCAGGGCUUUUCCCCACAAGACUCCCGACCCUCUUUCUUCUGUGGAUCAGAUCCAGGCAAACCUCCCUCCCUUUCUUCUCUUGCUCGUCCUCUUCUUUCUCCGCCUUGUCCUCCCUUUCUCCAGCGGUCUCAACAUGGGUGGAUGGAUUCUGAGGCGGCUGAGUUUCUCCAGCACAGGAGGGAAGAGGACCUCUGAUCAUGGAAUGCCUUUAGAUUCCUCUGAAACUGUGAGAAUUCAUGUGAAUAACACGUGUUUCACAACCACCACACUCGUGGUACUUUGCUUGCUGACGGUUCAUCCAAGAAUCCCCCCCUCCCCCUCUAUAAUGCCCUGUUGCAGAAUGAGUCUGUGUACCUUCAGAUCUAUUUUCUAUACCACAGUUCACCAGCUAUGUUCUGGGAUAGAGACUGUAUAGAUAGAGUAAAUAUUUGGACUGUCGUCCUCUAUUUUUUACGAGUAUGUUCCCCUCUCCCUCUCUUUCUAUCUCUAGUCACACACUUUUCUCUUUGUCAAGUAACCUAGAAAAGAUAAAAACAUUUUGCAAGGGAGUUGUGUGAUUUUCUAAGAAACACAUUCACACAGAUGUGGCAAAAACAAACAUAUAUAUAUAUAAAAAAAAUUCAAAUUUUCAUCUUGCCUACGACAUGCACACACACACAUACAGACACACACACAAAGUUUGUGGGGAAAAUCAGAGAUGUUGCUUUUUACGGCCGAUAAAAACACACUGGAGGCUGGCAGAUAGCUCCUGCAAUCACAGUUGAUGAAGUGCUAAUUACCGCCACUGCAAUCAAUGCGAGGAGCUCCCUACACACAUACAAACACACACACACACACACAUUUAUAAACAGAUGUGCGUGUGGGUGGGAAAGCGCUGUAAGGAAUGGUGUAUACAUAUCACUAUCUAAGUCCCACCAGCGGUUCAGUCCGCCUUCUCUGGUAAAUAGAAACCUGAAGUCUAUUUUUCUUUAAUCUUAUUUCAGAGCGUGGGCUCUAGGAAUAUCUCUAGGCCUUGUAGGCCUUUGUCCCUUACUCGCUGACUUCUUUGGACUACGAGGCAAGGCUUGUGGCUUUGACCCAGAUGGUCUAUAACUGCAGCACUGGCAGCCAUUUUAUGGCAGCGUCUACUUAAAGCCAGAAAACAACAUGGCUGAAAACCAGUAGGCGACAUUUAUACUGGCUGCAUCCCUAUUUGGUUCAGCAAACUAAAGCAUGGGCAAGGUUAAUAUUGUGUUCUCUCUUCUUGCAGCAGUUAUACAAGAGAUGGCUUAUAUUGUAACAUUUUCACUGUAUAAAACUUAGGGAAAAUGACUAUUAAAAAUCAUAACUUUUUAAAUGACUAGAUAUUAUUAUUAUUAUUAUUAUUAUCAUUAUUAUUAUUAUUAUGAUUAUUAUUAUUACUAUUAUUAUUAUUAUUAUUAUGAUUAUUAUUAUGAGAGGAUUUGUCUCCUAGCUCAGCAUGCAGAGUCCAGUACUGAUCAUCUUGGCCUAUCACGUGCCUGUUUGGACCUUGAUUCCCGGCAUGCAAAAACAGGUUCCCAGUCCCCACUGGGCCAAAGGUGCCUCACCCACCCGAUACAUCCAUGUAGAGGACACGUAGCAUAAUCCAUCGAAAAAUCACACUCAGAUCUAUUCAUUCUGAAAUGACCAAAGUCUUUUUUCAUCCCAGAAGAACUGAUUCUUCAAAAGAAAAAAAAGAAAAAAAGAAAAGAAAACAAAUCUGAUUUUCUCUCUGAUUAAAUCCAUCGAAGCUUUCACUGUGAUAGCAUUUGUUCUGUCUGAAAGAAUCAACCCUGCUCAGACCUUUGCGUGACCCCCCCAAAGGUCUUGACUUGAUGUCAUUUUGGAGAAGUUCGUAUACCUUGAAUUAAUCACAUGCAUGUAUUUUCUAUGAAGAAAAAGGUGUAUAGGAAAAGUUCUUCACUCUGUGUAAGCUGAAGAACACUGAAGCUUGGUUUGGGAGUUGAAUGGGCAUGUUGUAGGCUACGGCACACUCACAGCUACUCUGAAGGUAACCCACUGCACUUUCUGUUUGCAUUUUCAUCAUGACUGUUAGCAGUUUAUCAAAGUUCUAUCUGAUCUGAUCAAUCAGUUUAUAGCGUUUGUCUUGCUUUAAUGAUUUUUCCUAAUAGUUUUGUUAGAUAAGAUUUAGACUAUUAAGUAGAUUGUUGCUGCUGUAUGCUGCUAAAACUGCAACUAUAUUAAGAAAUUGAUUUGGUGAAUAUAAUUUUCUGAGUUUAUUGGGAUUACACAUGACCAUUAUCGAAGCACAUUAGUUAGCCUUCAAUAUUUUCUCUGUACAAAGCUGUUUAUGCUAUAACAAAAAUGGCGUACUAUACACACAGGAGCUGGAAACCACUGUUGUUGUAUUUGGGGCUGAUGUUCUGUCCCCAUUACAGCCAAUCACCCUCCACUCUUACAAACUCUACAUGCUGGGCUGGCUGCUGCUCCAGCCCUGCAGUCCAGUUAACUGGCUCCUCCGAGGCUGACUUUAUUUUUGUAAAUGACCGGUGUGUAAAUGUACAUCUCUGUUUGGAUCUCUGUAACCACCGUUUGUUUUUGUUUUUUUGGUUGUUUGUUUGUUUGUCUCCUCAUUUCUCUUGUAUACGGGUCGUAUGUGAUGUCGUCUCCUGAUCCCGA